ACGCGUGUAGAACAAAGCCGCAACGAGUGUCGAGGAAGAGGAAGAGCGCGCCGUGUGUGAUUCAAGUCGGCUGGGAUAAGGGGGUGGAGGUUUUUGAGGCCUUUUUUCCUUGACAGAGCUUCUGGUAUAAUGUACACUUGCGAUGAGAGAGAGCGAGCGAGGAGAAGGCGAUAUGGUUCCAGGUGAAGGGAGCGGAGAGGGAAGACCUUUUUGCGCGGUCGCUUUUGGAGUUGGUUUGAGUGUGAUGAAGGGCUGACAGGCCAGCAGCGCCCUUUUUUUCCUUCUUCACUGUCCAACAAGGGCCGUUUAGGCUUUCUUGCUCCCUGAGUCCCUGGGCCGUUGGAACGAUAGAACGAUGCAGGGGGGCGGCGGUGGGCAGAUUUACGUAGAUUGGGAGGAGAAGGGCAGCGAAUGUCUGAGGCUCUGAGACUGAAAGCAAGCAGGCCCGCACUCAGCUUGAUCUUGCUCGUCUUGCUCGCGUGGAUAUACGCGAUACCUGGCACGGACUUUGUCUACCACUGGACCAAACUAUCUGUUUUACAGUCCGGAAAAAGGCUAAUCUAUCUUGCAUGCAGGGGCUCUCUCAGGAGGUAUGCAUACCCAGGUAGCCAUUCAGGAGAGACUACAGUUAGUAUAGUACUAAGUGAUGGCUACAGACUAGAGUCCAGUAUGGGCCUAAGCAUAGAUUGCCCGUGUCUCUCCUCCCCUUAAUUUGGGCUCCCCCACGCUGCCGGGCCCAAAGAGGGAAGCGCCCUCCAAAUUGGGAAAAAAAGGAAAAAAGAAUUGGAC